CCCGAUAAAAAAUUGGACAUUCUCGAUAACGAUUAUCAAUUGAUAAUUUCUAAUCAUUGUUCAAAUUACUGAUGACCAAAAUCAGACAGUCUAAUUCAUUUAAAGUUACCUUAAAGCUCAUAUAGUCUUAAACUCUAACUACUCUUAGUAGAUUUGGAAUAAGAAAUGAAAAUAAUCCAGAAACAAAUAUGAAAUCAAAUGAUCAGAAGCACUCAAUCUCAGAGUGUGAUCAACAUGGUGGUACUCUAUAUUCAGAGCAAUACGUUGGGGGAGCUUAUCGAGCGUCGGAAUUGGUCAAUCAGUUAGAUAUCAUAUCAAGACAUAGCACCAUUCAUGACUUACAUGAUGAUGUUGAAGAUGAUGGCAAACACGAUGAUGAAGUUGAAGAAGGGGAAUAUCCCAUUGAUGGAUGGUUUGCAAUGAUAAUUUCGAUAUGUACCAUGAUGUUAGUAGUAUCAUGCUGGGGAGUCAAUAGUGCUUAUGGAGUAUUUUUGGAUUUUUAUAUAUCAGCCGAUAAAUUUCCAGGAGCAACUCAAUAUGAUUAUGCUUUAAUUGGAGGAUUAGUGGUAUUCUUAGCUCAAUUCUUAGCUCCUAUAAAUAUCAUUGCAUUUAAGAUAUUUGGAUUUAAAUGGGUAACAUUCGUGGGGAUUUUAGUUCAAUCGAUUGCUUAUAUCCUUGCAUCAUUUUCUACUAAACUUUGGCAUUUAUUCUUAACUCAAGGUGUUUUAGUGGGUAUUUCAUUUAGUUUUGUAUUCAUACCGGGGACUUUAGUGUUACCAACUUGGGUUAAGAAAAGAAGAGCAACGGCUAUGAGUAUAGCGGUGGCAGGAUCAGGUCUAGGUGGGGUGAUCUUCUCCUUAUCAGUGAACGGUUUAAUUGAAAAGACUGGUGAUCAAAAAUGGGCUCUUAGAAUGUGUGGGAUUGUUACCUUCUUUUUGGCGAUGCUAGCUUUAUUAAUUAUGAGACCUCGAAGAUUAAAGAAUCCUCCUACUUUAAAAGAUACGUUAACUAAAGAGAAUUUAAUUAUAAAUAUCAAGGCUAUUUUUAGUAUUAAAGUAUUUAAAAAUUAUAGUCUUGUACUAUUAUCAUUUUGGUAUGCUAUGGCAUUAGUAGGAUAUUUAUUAAUAAUAUUCUCACUUCCAUCCUAUGCCACAUCAGUAGGAUUGAAAAGUUCACAAGGAGCUGCUUUAUCAUCGAUUUUAAAUGCUGCUCAAGUAGUAGGUCGACCAAUCAUGGGACUUAUGGCGGAUAAAAUCGGUCGAACAAAUGUCACCAGUGGGAUAAGUUUAUUAAUUGCCAUUCUUAUAUUUGCUUUCUGGAUUAAUGCGAUGAAUUAUGCUACAUUGAUUGGAUUUUCAGCAUUGGUGGGGUUAGUAAUGGGGAUUGGAAGUUCCAUGGCUCAACCUAUAGCGGCGGAUAUUUUAGAAGAUUUUCCUCAAAAUUUACCGGCAGCAUGGUCAGGAAUGAAUAUUUUUAUCUCAUUUUUUUGUUUAAUUGCUGAAGUUAUAACAUUAUUAUUAAAAAGUAAAACUUCAUCUCGACCAUUCUUUCAUUCUCAAAUAUUUGCUGGGUUUUGCUUUAUAGCAUGUUUUAUAUUAAUGAUGAUUGUUCGGGAAUGGUUAGUACGGGAUAAGUUAAAGAAGCGAUUGAAUAUAGCUCAUAUAGAAUAUGAACAAUUGAAAUUAUCAAGAGCAUCAACCCCAAGUCAUACAGAUUCACAAUCCCUAGAAAAAGUUAAUUCUGAAUUGAAUAAAGAAGUACGAAUCUUAGAAGAAACAAUAGACAGAUAUAAUACAUUAUUACAAAAUACUUUAUGGUCAUACCUUGUAAGGAUAUUUUAUCCCAUGAAAGUAUAAGUAUGAUAAAUAGAAAUACAUUAAUGUAUAGUAAUAGAGUUCUAUAAAUCAACAUGGUUAAUUGUAGUUAUUAGUUCUGAUUAAUCCAGCUGCAAAUUAUUUUAUUUUAACCAAUUCGCACACAAAAAAAA